GCACGCGGAGCGCCGCUCGAGCAGAAGGCCUACACUUGUCUCAGUGCGCCGAGUGCAGUGUGUCCGAGUGAAGGUGAGCCACUCUGCUGCUGCCGCCGCUGCUGCUGCUGCUGCUGCUGCUGUAACUCGUGAAAAAACAAACAAAUCCGAUUGAAACUCUUCAGCGGACAGUGCUUACUUACUUUUAUACCGAUCUCACUUCAUCUGUUCUUCAGCCGAUUGUCGUUCUCUUGGUCGAGUCUAUCGUCACAGAUGCCGAAGACAAGUUUUUCAAUUCGGUAAUGUUGUGACAUAAGCCGACCUUGCGUACACGAGAUAUCGGUACUUUGGAGAUAUACGUGCGCCGAUCGAAGAAUCAGGCUUCUGGCUUUCUUUCUUCUUCUUCGGCGUCAUCGUGCCCAUACGGAAAUCCCGUCCCUGAGGUGGAUAGGCACCAAUAGCGAAAAGAUAGCGCAAGAUGUUGAGAUUACGAGGGAGCAUGACCGCCGAGGACCGUCAUCAGUCAAGGAUCCUCGGCUGAAGAAAAGCGUAAAGAGAGCGGCCGCUCGGCAUCAGCAUAACGCUGACAGCAACUACACGCGCGACCCUGUAAGGAGGAAGUCCAUCAAGCUGCAGAAAAAAUGCCAGCGCUCAAACUGUUUGGUAGAAAAUGGCUCGCAGCCACCGAUGAUCUCGUUUAUCCUGGUCUCUUCGAAAUAUUUAUUAGAAUAGUAUGGUUGGUACUCGUAGGAGUAGCCUGCCAAAGGUACUACGGCGAAACGUGGAAAUGUCGCUCGGGAGGUGAUUUGGUCCGAAUUUUUCUCGUGGGCGAGCUUGCCAUACUUGCCGCCGCCACUAUCCUGAUAGUAUUCAUAGUUAAUCACAGCGCACGCGGCUCCAUAGCCGACACUUAUGCACGGCGUUAUGUUCAGCCUCUUCUGACUGUCAAAAUUCUGCUAAUACCAUUUGAAAUAGUGUGGAACGUUCUCGGCACAAUAUGGUUAUUCAGCGACAGUGUGGAGUGCAGCCCCGAGCAUUACACGAUCGGCGUAGUGGAGGCAUUAGUAUUAUUCGACUGGGUGCUCGUAGGAUUAACGAUCUUUGGAUUAGCCUUGAUCUUCGACCCACUUGGUUCACUGAGUCUGAAGGACAAGGAACUCGAGGACUCGGUCGAGCACAGUAAAGUCUCUAGGAUCUGGCUACGGCGGGUCAAGUUUUUCUGGUGGAUGAGACGCGACGAGAGUGCCAGCGAGACCUUUCAACAUGUUGCUGGUCUUUUGAGUGCUCUGUUCCGUGGAACAGAUUUGGUACCAUCUGACGUGAUGGCAGGAUGCGUUUUAUUGAGAGUCAGACAAAAACGUGAACACCUCGAACUCAAGAGAUUGAAUCUACUUGAGCGACCUCAGUAUGACACAGAUGCCGUGCGCAUAUUUGCAAAUUCCCCGGACUGGAUGUCACUGGAAUGGGCUCAUCAUUACAUGCAACUGUCGAUCGCGUCCUACGGGUGGCUUUUCGUUAUCUAUCGUCAAUGUUGUACCGGUUGCUUUCACCUUUUGAAAGAGAUGACGUGCUGCGCCUGUUGGAGGAGAAAGCGGAAUAUCGUGGUGGACGACAAUUGCUGCAUGUGCAAUCUUUCAGGCGUGAAAACUUUGUCAAAGCUAUCCAAGGAUGACAUCCUUUUUGCGUCGUUCAGAAAUCACUUGUGCGAGAUACCAUUUGUCGUGGUGGCCGAUCACAAAACUUCGAGCAUCAUCAUUGUUAUACGUGGCUCGCUAUCUCUCAGAGACAUUAUAACUGACAUUGCCGCGGCUUCCGAUUCGUUCGAACCCGAAGGUUUUCCGUCCGGAAGCAUGGCGCACAAGGGAAUGAUCAUCGGAGCUAAAGUGAUAUUAAAACAAUUGGACCAAUAUAAAGUCCUUGAAAAUGCAUUUAAUAUGUUUCCUCACUAUGACCUCACGCUCACAGGUCAUAGCCUUGGCGCUGGAUUAGCCGUGCUAUUAGGUUCUCUUAUUCGUCCUCGUUAUCCUCAUCUGAGGGUUUACGCUUUCUCGACUCCCGCUGGAUUAUUAAGUCGUGAAGCAGCAAAAGUGACUGAAGAAUUUGUUCUAUCAAUAGGACUGGGUGAUGAUUUAGUUAUGAGACUUAGUGUUGAUAGUAUGGAAAAUUUUCGAACGUCUUUGCUGAUAACUUUACAGGCUUGUAGACUUCCAAAGUAUAGAGUGGUUCUAAAUGGAUUCGGUUACAUGUUAUUUGGCGUUCCUGACAGAGAUUUAAAUAGAACGUGGAGAAAUGGAAAUACAAUUAAUUCCAUUCCAGGACAAUUGCCUCUUCUUUCGGAAACAUCGACACGACAAACUGAGACGACAAUUUUAGAAAGAGAUGUAACUAGGAGAAGAUAUUCGAAGGUUAGAUUAUUUACAGCCGGUAAAAUUUUACAUAUUGCUCGAUGCAAACCAGCAUCGAAAGAAAAGAAAAAAAAACAAAAAAAUAAAGAGAAAAGAUUUGAGAUGCGUUGGGCAUCUCCAGAAGAAUUCAUGGAACUGUCUGUGAUGCCUCGUAUGCUUUUAGACCACUUGCCAGAAAAUCUCGAAGAGUCUUUGGCCAUUCUUGUCAAACAGCAAGACGAGUUUAUACGAUGAUUCG